AUGGGAACAACAAUAUUUUGGCUAGUUGUAUGGAUAUUCUUGCAGUAUUUUGGAGAAAAUGUGAGUGACCUGAUUUUGAACAAUACCAUUGAAUUCAUUUUUCUCGUGUUUGAUUAUAUGUUUGACCCCCAAAAGUACAUCAAAGUUAGGCGAAUUAUGAAGAAUAAAUCAUUAGGGACAUACAUAUAUGUUUUGUGAAAUCAAAUCUCUUUCAAUAUUUUUUCUCGAAUCUAAAAAAAUUGACCACAACCGAUCAAACUUUAUAAGUAGUAAUGAAUCACUGACCUCACCAAAAAAUUACACUUUUGUGUGUUGUUUCUGUUGGUUCAAAUGGAAAGAGAAAUGUUUCUAGAGAAUUUAGUUUUUUCUCUCACCUUUUUCAACCAACCAAAAACAGGAUAAUUUGUUUUUAAGCGAAAAAACAGACAUUUUCAAAUGAUGAAGUGAUUGAUUCAACUGUUUUCUCUUUCGGUUUCGGAAAAACACAGAAGUUUUUCAGGAUUAUUAAAGGGUAAUUAUAUAUGAAGCAUUAUAAGUUUUGAGUAGAAGACUAGUAGUCGUUUUCAAAACGAGAGUCAAGGACAAUGGGAUCAGCUGAGAAAAUAUGUAUGAAAAAAAGAGAAAAUGGCAGAGAUCGUAAAUUUUAUGAGUAGACAUUUUUUGAAAAGCUAUGUAAAUUUAUGAUUUCGGAUUUCAAACAUGGAACAUUUCGAAUAGAAUCCAAAGAAUCGGGUCAACAGAAUAGGACACAGUCCAAUUUUUUUAAAUAAUCCUAAACCAUAAUAUAUGAAAAUCAGAUUUUUCAAAGUAGUCCAAAACAUAUAUUUGAAACUUCAGAUUCUCAAAAAAGGCCUGAUUCAGAAUUUUUCAAUUAAAUUUAUUCCUAUCCUUUUCUGCUUCUCCGAUUCUGAUUACAAUCUGAUGCAGACGUAAAAAUACCGUCCAACAUUCGAACCUCAAAAAUCACUUCAAAAAACACUUCGUAGCCUACAUAUUCUUUUCAAAUAACAAAAAACCACCAAACACAAAGUGUAAUCUAAUCAUUUGGUCAGCCAUUAGUUACCUAAACUAUACAUUUCUCAUGAAAAAAUGUUCUUGAAAUCGAAAUCGACCUUGGCAAAAACCAACAGGAACAAAAACAAAAUACUUAUUUAUGCUCUUAUUUUUUCCUAGAGUGAACAAACAAAUUUCAGAACAUUUUGAAAUGACCCUGGGGUUUUUCUUUCAAAUCGGAUUACCUUCACAAGAUACUUUACUUUUUUGAAAGUAUUCAAAAAAAUAAAAAGGAAUGCUGUUUGAUCAUUCAAAAUCAAUAAAAUCUGAUGUGUUUUUUCUAGAUUUAUUGUCAAACACUUCGACCAGCAAUUCGAGUUCGUCUAAAUCGUCCAGUAUUUGAUCAAGCUUCUUCAAUUGUUCGUAAGUUGCAAAUUAGUGUCAAACAAUUAACUAAUUGAUUUGAAACAAAACAAAUCGCAUCAAAACAAAAAAAAACUUUCAGAGGGAUUAAUAGAAUACGAAGUUCCGCGUGUUCAAAUUCCUCCAACUCGACAAUGUUUUGCCGAAGGAUGUGUAGAUGCACACUCAUUUCGUAUGGCAUCAUUCAGACAACCUAGUUUUGUAUCAUUUGAUCCACAAUUCCCUAAUAAAUUCCGAAUUCGGGUGACGGAUUUCGAUUUUGUGUGAGUUGAUUUUACUCUCAGCAAAACCAUAUUUUAUACAUAUUAUUUUUCAACACAAUUUUUUUAGAGUUCACGGUCAAUUAUCUGGAUCAAUUACUGUUAUUUUGAAUAUUCCAAUCACUGGAACAGUUAUUGUUACUGGAAGAAGUAUUGGUGUCACAGCUGUAUUAGAUCUGCAGAAAACUGUAAAUGAUCAACCAUAUUUGCGAUUUAAUGAAUGUCGAAUCGAAAAUGGAAUCGUGAAUGCAAGAGUAGCAAAUAUGGGGUUGUUAACAGAUACUGUGAAUCAGAAAAUGGGAAAUAUUCUCAGCGGACAAUCUCGAAUUCAAUUAGAAGAAGCUAUUUGUGAAAAUAUGAAUCGGUUAACUCAACAACAUUUUUCAACACGACUUUCAAGAAUUCCAAGAUCUAUUAGUGCAAAAGAUCUACUCGAAAUUAUAAUUUCAAAUCAUGUAAAUCAUCGAGAAAAACGUGCAACAUCAGAUGAUUAUUAUGAUGAUAUUGAAAGAGUUGAAGGAACUCCACCAGCAAAAGGAUUCGUGCCACAAGUUAAUUAUCGAAAAAUUCAAAUUUCUCGAGAAGAUGUUAUCAACUUUUUCAAUAUUGAAAGAUUAACUCAUAUUUUAGUUGAUUUAACAUUACUUGAUGCCGCAUCAACUUCAUCUGAUUUUUCAUUAGGAAUAUCAGGAAACGCAUUCAGUUCCAGAUCUCGUGAGUUUUUUUCAUCAAACUUUUAUUUUUCUAAAUUUGAUUAUCAGUUUCAGAUGGCACAUCUCCAUUUGUUAUUCCUUUCCCAUUCCGAAUUCCUCAAAACAAUAAUCGUCGAAUGGUUGAAGUUGUGGUCUCUGAUUAUUCGAUCAACUCUCUUCUUUAUCAUGCUCAUCGAACUAAUUCUCUCAUUUUCCACGUGGAUUCGAAAACUCCCGGAAUCGGAAAUCUUCUCAAAACAUCGUGUACAAAUGAUGAGGUUUGUAUUGGAGAUGAAGUGACACGUGUCAAACAAGCAUAUCCAAAUCGAAAAUUGGAAUUAAUUAUUCGAAGUGCUCAACCACCAACAAUUCAAUUAAAUGGAAGUAAGUAGAGUUUGUGACUACGAUAACUACAAGUGAACUAAAUUUAUGAUUACAGAUACAUUGAAUGUUGAAAUGAAUGGGCGUUGUAUAUUUUUCAUCGAAGGAACACGGCAGAAAAUCGGAGUAAUUCCAUUUACAACAACAGUUUUGGUCAAUAUGAAAACUGUGGGAAACCGAUUACAAGGAACAGUCACAAUCAAACGAUUAGAUUUUUCCGGUCAUUUGGAUUUUCUUGGAAUGACAGCAUCCGAUCUGGAUGGAUUGAGAAGAACAACAAAAACAGCUCUACAAAACUUUGUCAAUUCCGCAACUGCACAAGGUUUCCCAUUAAGCACCGCAACAAUAAGCAGUCCAUUGAGACUUUCGAAUCCAGAAAUCUCAUUUGUUCCUGGUUCAGUUGUUCUUCAAGCAGAUGUAGAUCUCUAUCGAACACUUUACAAUACAAACUAA